AUGUUGCGCACAAGCUUGUCAAGUAUCAAACAAGGGUCCAGAAAUAUUCGGUGUAUUCGUGAGACUCGCACAUAUAAGGUGCAUGCGUGCGAGCUCGCACUAUUAGCCUCUGUUAAGCCAUCUUCCAUGAUAUCACGUUUGAACCGCGUUACACUAUCAAUUAUGCCAUCAACAAGUCUAGGCCAAAACUUCCAUUGUAGACAUUUCUCUUCAGGUCCGAGGUUACAUCUUCAGAUGAAGAUGAAUCCAGAGCAAUCAGACGAACCAGCGUUGAAGAAAUUUGCUACCAAUUUGACAGAACUGGCGAAGAAAGGCAAACUGGAUCCAGUAAUUGGAAGAGAUGAAGAGAUACGCAGAACGAUCCAAAUCCUGUCAAGAAGAACAAAAAACAAUCCUGUAUUGAUAGGAAACGCUGGUACAGGAAAAACUGCGAUAAUGGAAGGCUUGGCACAACGAAUCGUCAAAGGUGAGGUUCCAGAAAGCAUGAAAGACAAGGAGGUCAUAUCGCUAGAUUUAGGCUCAUUAAUCAGUGGUGCAAAAUACAGAGGUGAAUUUGAGGAAAGACUUAAACAGUUUUUAAAAGAGCUUGACGAACACUACAUUCUCUUCAUCGACGAGCUUCAUAUACUUCUCGGUUUAGGAAAAUCGGAAGGAUCAAUGGACGCUUCGAAUUUGCUCAAGCCUGCCCUUGCAAGAGGCCAGCUACAGUGUUGUGGCGCUACGACCAUUGAUGAAUACAAAAAGUAUAUCGAAAAGGAUGUUGCGCUUGCUAGACGAUUUCAGCCAAUCUUGGUUAAUGAGCCAACUGUUGAAGAUGCAAUAAGCAUUUUGAGAGGUCUCAAAGAAAAGUAUGAGGUACAUCAUGGAGUUCGGAUAACUGAUAGCGCUCUCGUCACUGCAGCAGUUUAUAGUAAUCGGUACAUCACCGACCGAUUUUUGCCGGACAAAGCUAUUGAUUUGGUGGACGAGGCUUGCUCGGCUCUUCGCCUGCAGCAUGAGUCAAAACCGGACUCUAUUCAAGAGUUGGAUAGAUCUAUCAUGACUAUCCAAAUCGAAUUAGAAUCUCUUCGGAAGGAGUCUGACACCUUGAGUAAGGAAAGAAGAGAGAAGCUGGAAGAGCAAUUAAAAUACAAGCAAGCAGAGCUUAAACGACUUACAGAGAUUUGGGAAAAACAAAAGCAUGAGCUUGACAGAAUUAAACAGCUUAAGCAAGAACUGGAGAUAGCCAAACGUGAUUUGGAAAAAGAGAGACGAGAAGGCAAUUUUGCACAAGCUUCGAAACUUCAAUAUGCAACGAUCCCAGAGUUAGAAGCAAAAGUCAAUGCGUCAAUCAAAAAUCAAGAGGCCGCCGCUGAGGCUGACGAAGAGGGAGGUGGUGCAAACCUACUUCACGAAUCUGUUACUUCCGAUGACAUAGCAAGAGUUGUUUCGAAAGCCACUGGAAUUCCAGUGCAGAAUAUGAUGAGAGGUGAAAAGGAUAAACUUUUGUAUAUGGAGGCUGCUUUGCGAGGAAGAGUGAUAGGACAAGAUGAAGCAAUAGCUUCAAUUUCCAACGCUAUACGUUUACAGCGGGCCGGUCUUACCAACGACAAAAGGCCUAUUGCCUCUUUCAUGUUUUUAGGGCCAACAGGUACCGGAAAAACAGAACUUACAAAAGCGGUCGCCGAUUUUCUAUUUGACGACGAGAACGCCAUCAUUAGAUUUGACAUGUCGGAAUUUCAAGAGAAACACUCUAUCAUGAGACUUAUUGGCGCCCCACCUUCGUACGUGGGAUAUGAAGAAGGUGGAGAGCUAACGGAGAAAAUUAGAAGAAAACCCUACUCAGUGAUUCUUUUCGAUGAGUUUGAAAAAGCCCACCCUGAUGUCUCAAAGCUCUUAUUACAAGUCUUGGACGAGGGCAAACUGACAGAUUCACAAGGAAAUAAAGUUGAUUUUCGCAAUACCCUUAUUGUUAUGACCUCAAAUAUUGGACAAGAUAUUAUGCUUUCAGAUAAACCAGACAAAGAUCAAAUUCUUCAAUUGAUGAAAUCUUAUUACUCACCAGAAUUCAUAAAUAGAAUUGACGAAGUGGUCAUAUUCAACAAACUGUCUAAGGAGGCGUUGAGAAAUAUUGUCGACUUGAGAAUCGGCGAUUUACAGGACAGACUGUCGGAAAGAAGAAUUGAACUCCACCUGACUGAUAGAGCCAAAGACUGGUUAACUACAAAUGGCUAUGAACCACAAUAUGGUGCCCGGCCACUGAAUAGGUUGAUCAAAAGAGCUUUGCUAAAUCCCAUGUCCAUAAUGAUGCUGAAGGGCGAGAUCAAAAACAAUUGUAUGGUGAAAGUUGAUACAGAAAAUGAUCAUUUGAUGAUAGUCCCUGAAAGAAACCUUGACGACGCCUCAAAUGAUCACGAUGGGAGAUGA